UUUGCUAACGCAGUAGCUUUAGAUUUGAUUUAACUGAGCUAGAAAUGAACCAGGUUAUCCAGACCAAGUUCAUUCCCCAGCAGCUGCUCUACUUUAUUGCCGGACGCCGCUGCUGCCAACAAUUCGCGUGCACCUACCGAUCGACCGACCACGAUGUGAUCGUGAACUGUGCGCGCGCCUUGGGGCUUCGCUCACAGGUUGUCCAGCACAACGGCCAGAGCUGCGUAAAGGUCUUCAAGCAGGCAUGUCGCCAUUAUCUGGAGGAGCCCAAGCUGUUGACAUUGGCAUCCCCCUCCCUGACCAACCUAUUCACGCUAAUGAGUCGCCUCACCAAUUUGGCGAGGGAGGAACAGGAAAUUAUUCCCGAAUGCAGCCCCUAUCGCAUCAGCGGAUCUGAUUUGCCCGUAUUUAGCGUGGCCUUGCCGGCGAUCCAUCCACCGAUGAUUCGUUUCAAAACCGAAGCCCAGCGCAACUUUAUAAACAGCUUCCCGGGCCUUCAACUCUCGAAGGAUAUACUCCAACUGACGUACGCGCAUCGGGUGGUCGUGUUCAAUGCUGAUCUUUCGUGGGACAAGUCCAUGUUUGUGCCUCUGCUGAUUCUGGAGGAUUGCGAAGUUAAGAAGUCGAAUGUCAAGAUAAUGUGCUUAGAAAGGGAGGCCAUCAUUGCCACCUACAACAGUCACCGGAUGGCGGAGUACUUCGGCGAGCAAUUGGGCGAGACGGUGGGAAUCCAACUACCGACCUGCAGUAAGGUCAGCACCAACACGCACAUUAUAUUUUCGACGGCCCAGUACAUGCUGCGAUCGCUGGCCGGCGGGGAGAACUUCCACAACAUCAGCCACUUUGUGGUGAACGAUGUCCACCUGCACGAUCCCUAUACAGACAUCUUGCUGACCGAACUAAAGAACGCGUUAAAUUGUUGCAUAAAUCUGAGAAUAGUGCUGCUCUCUCAAAUGCCAACCGCUGAUAAGUUCCUGGCCUUCUUUGAGGAGGGAUGUGAGAUGAAUAGAACGGAAAUAUCGCAGAAUGAGGUUCGGAUCUCAUUCCUGGAGGAAAUACACAGCUGCAUCGCCUUGGCGGGCAUCCACAAGGGCCCAGAUAUAUACAAGGACAUGCCUGAAGUAUUCCGGACCAAAAGUCAGCGCAACGAGCAGAUGGACAGGUGUCUUCAGGCCUAUGAAGAGUUGGGAACUGAUACUGCCAUUCGUCCCUUUCUGUAUGCCAUCAACUAUGACCUGGUGCCGGUCAACUACCGCCACUCGGUGAAUGGAAAAACGGCUGUUCUAAUCGCCUCCCAACUGAACAACGCCAAUCAUCUUCGUUUAUUGCUGUUCAUGGGCGCCGAUCCGUACAUCGUGGAUGAGCAGCAACAGAAUGCCAUUUCCUUGGCCGCCUCCAAGGGUAAUAACGAGUGCAUUGAUGCCCUGAACAACUACAGCCUGCACGGAUAUGUGGUCAAGAAUGCCAAGCCGGACUUUGUCGACUACGAUCUCAUAAUAAACAUUAUGUUCCUGUUGCUCACGAAACCGGAGUUCUCGCCAGGCAACAUCCUUAUUAUAUUGCCCACCUACUACCAUAUUGUUAAGCUUAAUUAUAUGCUCCUGAGCCACUGCCUGACCGGCAACUUGCAGGAGAUGUCGAUUUUUGUGCUGCACGAGAACAUGAAAAUGGACUAUAUAGACGCCUUGGUCAAGGCUCGCUGCAACACCGUAAAAGUGGUCCUCACAACGGCGAUAAUAGAAUCCUUGCCCCUGAAGGUGCCCUUCAAGUACCAAAUCGACAGUGCCUGCCGGGUGACACCCAUGUACGAUAGCACCAACUAUUCCAUUGAAGAUCGCUACGAGUGGGUGGCCAAAGAUUGCCUGGCGCGAAGAGAGUUACUCCUGAACACUGAAGCUCCUGGUUCGCAGUGCUUUCGACUGAUCUUCAAGGAGCGCUACGAAAGCGUGCCAGAGACGAGCCUGCCACCCCUUCAGACUAUGUACUUGGACCGGAUCUGUCUGUUGGUUAAGUUUCUGGCGCCCCAUAAGAUAAUCGGGGAAUAUCUUCAUUUUACCAUUUCACCGCCACCGCUGAUAAAUGUUCACCAUAUUGUCCAGAUCCUCAAAAAGAUCGACGUGCUGGACGAGUAUGAGGAUGUCACCUGGCUGGGAGCCCGGCUUCUUGACAUCCCCGUUCCCUGCCAGCUCGGUCGUCUGCUUGUCUUUGGCAUUCUUCUGCAGUGUCUUGAUCCUAUACUCACCAUAGUCAGCUCGCUCAUGUCACCCGAUCCAUUGAGCAUUCCGUACAACGAGGACCUUGACCAUCUGUGGGACAGAUUUACAAUCUUCAUUCAGAACCGCAUCAAGAACGAGCGAGCCCGCUUAGCCGACAAUCAGUUUUCCGAUCACUUCAUUUUCGUACGUUUAUUUCAGGAGUGGCAGAGCGGCUUGAACCACAAGCUACCACCACUGCAUCUAACCGAUGAGUACGAUUUCGUUCUGAAUGGCGUGAUGGAGCAACUCAGCAAUACUCGGAACGAACUGGUUAGCUCCUUGCGGGCGGCCAAUCUGGUCCAUGGUCGGGGCCAGCUGAGCAUGCAGAAUCUGAACCUGAUGUCGGGCAACUGGCACGUUGUCAAAGCCGCCCUGACUGGUGGCAUGUAUCCCAAUAUCUGUGCCGUCGAUGUGGGAGCGAAUUGUUUGAAAUCCGUCUGGUGCUCUGGUGUUCACCUGCAUCCCAACACGGUUUUGAGGGAUUUCCUGGAACCAUUUAAUACAUCUGCUCUGAAUUUUCGCUCACCGUGGAUACUUUGCAAUAAACAAAGGAGUCACAUAUUGUACGCCACAGUGGUGGUUCCUCUGGCAGUAGCUCUGUUUGCGGGACCAACUAAACUUCGCUUGUCCCAAAUAUCGGACACCCAAACCAAUUCACACGAUCGCAACGUAAACAUCUUCAUAGAUGAAUGGAUCUGGAUGGUCAUGUCCAAUUCCAACGUCCAGCUGAUCAUGAAAACGCGUCAGAGCUUUUUUAAAUUGUAUUACGACUUGUUGAAAUACUGCACCGAUCAUGACCGUUGGCGCCUUGAUCCUGCCAACGAUGUUAGUUUAACGCUGGUGGCCGACUCGUUGGCGAAGGUCUUUGAAAGCGAAGAUUCCUCUUUUGGGUUCACCACACCGCCGCCCAUCAACGAUCGUCCCUGCAUUAAGCUGCCUGGUUCGUAUCUGCUGAGUGUCAAUGCCCACUUCAGUUGGAUCCGGGAGAUCGAGGAAAGCGUACCCCUGUUUCAGAAGCCACAGCCAUUCAACUCGCACUUCGUCGAAAGGCAGUUCUUUUUACUGCACACGGAGGAAUCAUCCGAGGACUUUUACGCCAACAGCUCUGCUGCCUAUCUUGACAGUGUUUUGGGAAAGUUUGCCCGGCCCAUCGAGUCGCCCAACAGGCAUAUUUUUGUAAUUUUAUACAGCAAGAAUCCGGACGUAAUGAUCAGUGUUAGCCGGGCCAAGACCAUCAAGGGAGAGUUCACCCUAAAGGAGUAUUUUCGUAACAGCAUUCCAGUGUAUGAGAUUUCAGAAGCAUGUGUUUCGUUGAAAGUCAAUGUUCCAGUGUUUGAUGGACGCUUAAUGUCGUGUCUCAUCGACAAACGUGUCGGGAAUAUAAUAAUGCAUCUGUUUGCAUUCCGACAUCAUUGGAUUCAUUCGCGAUAAGUAGGGUUUUAGAGGUCUGAGGACAAAACCAAAAUGCCUCCCUAAGUAAUUAAAAAAUCGUGCCUUUUUAUAUUAUUAUAUUUUUUAUUUUAAGCCAAGAUUGAUUAUCGAAUCGUAUAUCAUUUUGUAACCAUUCCUUUCUAUGCUUUUAAGCAUUCAAAAUUAUGUAUUUUAAGAGAAUCAUAAUACCCAUUGUGUCGCUGCGAAAA